AUGUGGCAUUCCAGUACACACUUGUGUUCCCCUGAAUGGCCCAGAGCCAGUCCCCUGGGUCCCAGUGAGAGGAGGCAAAGGAAAAACCACACCAGCAAACUGCAGGAACUGGCGUUGCUGCUACCCAUGGCCCUGAAGAAGGGUACCAAGAAGCUCACCAAGAAGGAGAUUCUCCUGCACGUCCUGCACUACAUUCAGUACCUCCAGAAAAACAUCGAUGUGGCCAAGGCGUUGCUCAAAUUCCACACCGCCAAUGGGGAAGGCAGACUUGGGGGGCUGGCUCGGAACCCGGCCGUGGGCCCAGCAAAGCUGAGACGCUCCACCCCUUCGCGCUCCCCACACUGGAGGAAGUCCCGUCUUCAGGGAGGCUGCCGGAAACCUCGGAAGAAGAAACUGACCGGAUCGUCAGAACGCCAGACCCGGGCCCAGAAGCCUCGCCGCUGCCUGGCCCUGGACAAGCCCGAGAAGUGGGUAACCCCAUCCCCAGACCAGCAAGGAGGAAAUGUGGGGAGGACCACCACUCCUUCAAGAUGCACCACCUCCAGCCGUCACCCCAAAGCUGCAUCAGCCCUGCCUCAAGAUGACAGAAAGGGAGGAAGGUCCCGGCUGACGUUGCUGGACAUGGCUGAGAACAGCAUCCACUGUGACAUCUCAAGCUGCUGUUGCAGAGUCAGUGCCCAGGGUAAUGGGCCCUACCUUGCCUUCAAGGCCCAACAAGGGGCCGAGGGGAUCCAUUUUCUCAACAGGACACAGCCCUGUCCCAGACAGAAGAUGGUGUUCUACGAUUCCAGCGAGGAAGUGGACAAGGAGUCCCCAGAUGCUGACCCUUGGCUUCCUGCCUGGACCCCAGAGGGCAGCCCCCAUGGGAGCUUGGGGCCUCCCCAGGUUAACAGCUGGGCUGUGACAGGCCACCCGAGUGAGAUCCUCGGGCUCAGCCCCUCCCUCUUCAGCUCCCCAGGAAACACGCUGCCAGAACAGAUCCUGGAGGACGGUACUGAGUACCUGAUGCAAGGUCUCUUUGAAGAAGUGUUCCUAGAUCCUGAGUCUCCACUCCCCGAUGGCUUGCUUGAGGUGCCACAGAACAAGGAGACACCCUCUGAGGCUCCCAAGGACCCCCCCGACUCCCACAGCCUGUGCCAGUCCUCUGUCUCACUGGACCACUGCUACCUGUCGCUGAGCGAGAACAGCAAGGCGCCGUCCAGCUCCAGCUCUGAGAACACGGACGAAGAGUCAGUGUGGAGGCAGCCAGAGGACGAUGAGGCCGACCCCGAGCGCCUGCAGUCCUCCAGCGAUGAGGACGGAGACUACACAUGGACCCCCACCAGGCGGGCCGCGACCCAGCCCUCUGCCGGGAGAAAGGCCAGGAAGGGCCGGGCGGGCAAGGGCCAGGUGGGCAGGGACCAGGUGAAGCCCAAGGAGAACAAGAAACCCCCCUGCCCUACCCAGAUGAAGAAAAAGUGUGUCAAUGGCUUCAUCAUGUUCUGCAGGAUGAACCGGAAACAGUACAUCCGAGCCUGCCCUGGGACCGCAUCCACGGCUGCCACCAAGGAGCUGGCCCAACUGUGGCGGGUGAUGACCCAGCAGGAGCGCAGACCAUACUGCGUCAAAGCGCGCAGGUUCAGCCUCCAGCACAACCGGAUCGUGAAGCAGGACAGCUCCAGCAGCGAGGACAAAGACUGGGGGACCCCCAAGCCCUUCUACCAGCUGCUGGCUGAGAAGGCCCGCUCUUCCUCGGAUCUGGCUUCUCUGCUGCCCCCUCACAACUGAGAGGGUAACCCUGCCUCGCCUCUCC